CACUGAUCUGGCCACUGGUAUGCUGCCAACACUCACUGCCCUACUGAGCCUUGGGCUAUGUCUGAGCCAGAGGAUCAACACUGAAAAGGAGACUCUCCCGAAACCCAUCAUCUGGGCCAAACCCAGCAUCAUGGUCACAAAUGGAAACUCGGUGAACAUCUGGUGUCAGGGGGCUCAGAGUGCUUCUGAGUAUCAACUGUACUUUGAAGGAAGCUUUUUUGCCUUGAAGAGACCAAAGCCAUCGAGAUCGAUGAAUAAAGUUAGGUUCUUCAUUUCACAAAUGACCUCACAUACUGCAGGGAUCUACACCUGCUUCUAUCAGAGUGGAGAGCUCUGGUCAAAGUCGAGCAACCCCCUGAAACUGGUAGUAACUGGUCUGUAUGACACACCCAACCUCUGGGUUUACCCACAGCCUGAGGUAACCUUGGGGGAGAAUGUUACCUUCUUUUGCCAGCUGAAGACUGCCACAAGCAAAUUCUUUCUGCUCAAGGAGAGAGAAUCCAACCACAUCCAGAAUAAAUAUGGGAACAUCCAAGCAGAGUUCCCCAUGGGCCCUGUGACGAGGGCUCACAGAGGGACAUACAGAUGUUUUGGCUCUUACAACGACUAUGCAUGGUCUUUUCCCAGUGAGCCUGUGACACUACUCAUCACAGGAGGUGUUGAGAACACCAGCCUUGCACCUACCGACCCUACUUCUUCUCUUGAUUAUUGGGAGUUCGACCUUUCAACCAAAGAAUCAGGAUUACAGAAGGACUCUGCCUUCUGGGAUCACACAACCCAGAAUCUCAUUCGAAUUGGUCUGGCAUGCAUAAUCCUGAUAACUCUAGUAUGGUUUUUGACUGAAGACUGGCUCAGCAAGAGGAAAGAUCAUGAAGAGGCCAACAGAUUAACAAAUUGGGAAUGCAGGAGAAGAUGGAGAAUGCAGCAUUACCUUGAAGAGGAACAAAGAAAUGCAAUAUCUAUGAGGGAACUGAAGGCAACUCCUGGGGCCUUGUGAGCUCUAUACUGUACCCUGGAUAAAGAAAGAGAUCUUUUCAGGAAUGAAGGGGUAGGAGUGUUACCAAGUUUGGCAAAGCAUUCUAAAGGACAUUGUGAGAGGAAGCCUCUGACAGGUCUCACUGUCUCUGCUAAGCUUUAAGUACUUUAACGCUUAUUUACUACAAGUUAUACUUUUGAUCACUCUGGUCUUUCCUAGAAAUAACUACGUUCCAAUGUGAUGGCCAUGGGGAUAUUCCUUUCUACUUUGGGUCUUAUCGUUGUUUCUUUUUCUAAUUGUAUUUAUUUUAUGUUGCCGGGAAUUGAACUCAAGUUGUCUGGAGGAGCAACAAGUGCUCUUAACUACUAAACCAUAUCUCCAGCUCCAUCCUCAAUAUUUUAUAUUGUGUGUGCAUGUCUGUAUGAUGCAUGUGUGUGCACACAUAUGUACAUAUAUCCUAUGCCACUAAAAUGAAGGUCAG